CACGGAUGGCCGCUGCCCACGCUGACCGCACCAGGUGGGCUGUGCUGUCCAUGGUCCUGCCCCUCUCGGAGGACUGGGGCGGGGGAGCACGGUCACAGAGUCAGAACGAGGGUGUCCUCCCUCGGCGGAUUUUCACACAAACGGAAAGCCGAACCGAGGCCGGGAGAGUGUGAGCCCGGAGUGCUCCCGAGCUGCACAAACGGGACACGCAGUGAGCCCAGUCCCAGGACUCGGGGUCAGAGCGACAGGAGCCCAAGGCCGCUUUCAGCCGGGGCUGGUGCUCGCUGCUGGGGACAUAAGCGUUCUGUGUGCACGCCUGCGCGCGGGCAGAGGGCGCCAGAUCUCACCAGAGACCGUUGUGAGCCGCCAAACGCCCGUGGUCAGGACGGAGGAGGGGGGUGUCGGUGACGUCAGUCUCGCUGUCUGGCCCCUGCUGCCCGCUCACCCUCAGAGAAGCACCUGGAGCAGCGGGAACACAGAGUUCCUCACGGAGCCUUCACAUACCUCCUGACUCUGCAGCUGAGGUGGCCUCUCAGCAACGGCCACUGCCCACUGCCCAGCACUCACUAUCUGCACAGCACGUCUGGAAGCCCUCCCAGCCCGAGGUUCUGCCGACGUUCUGAAGCCAGGAAGACUUCUGCCGCUUCCAAGGAGGGAGCAGCCAGGGACCAGCCCAAGCCCGAGUGGAGAAGCCAGUGAGGAGGAGCAGGGGGGAGCGGCCGCGGUAGGCCUGAGUGCCAGGGAGGAGGAGCAGUGGGGAGCGGCCUCAGGAGGCCAGGGAGGAGGCUGCCCUGGGCUUCUGUCCCGGGAGGACCAGAUGGACAGGGACUGAAGUCCUGGUCUGAGGGAGAGCUGGGCCCUGACACGCUGCCCUGACGGAGGAGGCAGUGCUCUGAGGAAGCUGUUGAUCCCGGGGUCUCUGAGGAGCCUCAGUGCUGGACUCCAAGGCCAAGGGAAGCGUCUGAGGCCUCCAUGAGUGGAGGAGGAGGCCGGCUUUGUGUUCUCUGUGGCCUGAGCCGACACUAGGCCCUUCAGCUGAAGGAGGAAGCUGGGUGACCAGAAUCCGGGCUCCUGGGGAGCUGGGGCUGACAGUGGAACUCAAAUGCCCCGUCCCUAGGGUGGACAACCAGGGAGCUCAGGACAGCUGGUGGAGCUGGGCCUGAGGCCUGAGACGCUGGUGCCUGAGCAGGUUCUGCUUGGGACCUGAGGUCCUGGGGCUCACGGCGCGGGCCCAGGCCUGCUCUCCUGCAGUAGAGGCUGCAGGGGCAGGGCUGCUGGGUUCUGGCGCAGAGAACCCGCAGCCCUCUGAGAACUGCAGCAGAGGCCCCGAGCACAGUAAGCCUGCUGAAACCUCAGGUACCACAGGGCAGGCUGGCCCCACGGUCCUAUGGACCCUAAAGUGGGCACCGGCUGGAGGACAAGGUUCCUCCCUGGCUGUCUGCUUGAACUGUGUCCUGUUCUCCACCAGUUCCAGGGCCUGGUCAGCUCUCCCCACCUCAGAGAAGCCAUGGGAGCCUGCCCCAUCCAGGGCUUCCUGCUCCUCUCUCUGCUGGGCUUCCCGGCCUGCUCAGACAUGCUGACCUGUCACAAGGGAAUCAUGUUGAAAUCAGGCAGCGACUUCUCGAAGACACCCGUUGAGUGGAAGUCAUUUGGGACCACACAGAGCGAGCCUGGGGAGCUGUGUCAGGAGACUCUCCUGCUCAUAGACAUAGGUGAAAAGUCUCUCAUAUUGGGGAGCAAAGGCUGCAGCAAUCCUGGGCAUCAGAAGAUCAAAAAUGUCACAGUGUAUUCCAGGGGACCUGGAAUGCUGGCCUCUUCUUACGUCAACGUCUGUGGCAGUGAUCUGUGCAACAAAGCUAACAGCAGCGAUGUCCUAGUGAGCUCCCUCACUCCUCCAGCCUGCUCUGAGCCGGGAAUGACCCGCUGUCCUGUCUGCCUGGAUUUUGAGGGUUCCUGCUCCGAGCUUUCUAACUCAGUCUUCUGCCCCAGGAAAACUGAUUGCUACACCAGUGACUUGGUGGUUAAGGGAGGUGGGAUCAAUGCCAUUUUUAGCAUUGAUGGAUGCCUGGUCUCAUCUGCCAAAAAUUUACUGAAAGACCAAAGUUCAAUUGGGGUCUUUUCCGUGGUGGAAAUCCCUGACUCGAUGACUUACAAUUCAUCCCCGAAUAUGCUUGUCCCUGGCACCUUCCUGGUGUGGCUGUUAGGGCUGGGGCUCUUCUUAGCCCUUUGUUUGGAAGGCUUUGUCUUCUCGGCUGAACCCAUUUUCCUACCCUCCUUAAUCCUCCCAUGUCCACCCUCCCCUGAUGUCACAACCUGAGGACCUCAGGCUGGCACUGUCACCCCUUGCUGCCCAGGUGUCCUCAUCCCUCACCCACACACCUGUGCCUCCAUGUUUAGAUACAGGAGCCUCUGAACUCAGCCUGCUCCAGAGAGGACAGCCUCACAGAGCCACACAUGGGAUAAUAAAGCCACUGCUGUUUCUCCAAAUACAGGGUUCUCUGUGGGACAUGGGGUUCUCUGUGAGGGGAUGGGGCUCCCUCUGUGAGGAGCUGGGGCUCUCUGUGAGGGGAUGGGGCUCUCUGUGUGCUCCCUCUGUGAGGGGAUGGGGCUCUCUGUGAGGAGAUGGGGCUCUCUGUGAGGGGAUGGGGCUCUCUGUGAGGAAAUGGGGCUCUGUUUGCUCCCUGUGAGGAGAUGGGUCUCUCUGUGUGCUUCCUCUGUGAGGAGAUGGGUCUCUCUGUGUGCUUCCUCUGUGAGGCGAUGGGGCUCUCUGUGUGCUUCCUCUGUGAGGGGAUGGGGCUCUCUGUGUGCUUCCUCUGUGAGGGGAUGGGGCUCUCUGUGUGCUUCCUCUGUGAGGGGAUGGGGCUCUCUGUGAGAGAUGGGGCUCUCUGUGAGAGGAUGGGGCUCUCUGUGUGCUUCCUCUGUGAGAGGAUGGGGCUCUCUGUGUGCUCCCUCUGUGAGGGGAUGGGGCACUCUGUGAGGAAAUGGGGCUCUGUUUGCUCCCUGUGAGGAGAUGGGGCUUUCUUUGUGCUCCUUGAGGGCCUUGUGUCUUCUGAGGGCCUGAACUUCCCCGAGGAGCGUGUGUCACAGGUUUUUCAAGUUAGUCCAUGGCUCCUGGGCACCUGUGAGCCUCCCUCAGGUGGUGAAGUGCCCAGGCCUCCCCGUGUGUCUCUGCACGUCCCCUCGGAAGUUAAUCUUCUGUGCCCUGUGUAGCAUGCCAACCUAAGUGUAUCCUGGCAACUACCAAUGUAUCAAUCCCAGAAAUUGUCGUUAUAUUUUGUUUCUGAUAAAGGUAUAAAACAUCUGAUUAAUCUCAAUAAAAUUGUCAGCCUCAGCCUUGCUGUGGUCACCGCCACCAACCUGGCUUGAUUCCUCGUGGCCAUAUCAGGGGAGCUUGGCCAGGUCAGCGUAGGUGCCAACUCCCUGCCUCGAUGGUGCUACGUGGCAAAACGUUUCCUGGGGAGAUUCAGCACACACAUUUACUCACUCCAGACUGAGACCCAAUGACAGAGCAAAGCACAGAUGCCACCAAAAUCAAACUUGGUGAACCAAUAACUUUGUUUUUGUUCUUUUGUUUAUGUUUUGAUUUUUCUGUGUAUUUUUAUUUUAUUAACUUUUUGAUUCUUUGUGAAUUGCACACCAGGCACCUGAGUCCCCCUCAUCUCUCCAUCCCUUUGUAUCUGCCCCUGCCCUGCAAAUUUCCACCCCCAAAAUAAAAUUAAAUAAGAUAGAAUAAAAAAGUCUUG